AUGAAGGCUCAGUGUAGGCUGCGAGUUGGCAUGCUUGGCGCCGGCGAAGUUGCUCAAGUCGUCCACCUGCCUGUGCUGUCUCUGCUGAACCACAUCUUCACGACCACCAUCAUCUGUGACCUCUCGCGCAAGAAUGCCGAGCACUGCGCCGACAAGUUUCGCAUCGCCACGGCCACCACAGACCCGAAAGACUGGCACGAGACUUAUGCCGUGGCUUCCCUUGAAGCUGGCAAUCAUGUCAUGAUCGAGAAGCCCGUGUCACUGUCCGUUCCAUCCGUGGAGCAUGUCAUUGCAGCAGAGGCAAAGGCCAAGAACACCGAUUUCCCAGCAGAGGCAGGCAAGGCACGCUCGGAGCGCCUCGACAGUCUUUAUGCCGAAGCAUUCCCAAAUCAGUAUAUAACCGUGGAGCAUGUGAAGUAUGGCCGCUUCCUGGGCAGCUUGGGAUCCCACGAUAUCUCCCUCAUGAGAGAGGCACUCGGCUUCCCGGAAUCUGUUAGCGGUGUCUCGGUCAAUGAGCCGUUCUACACAGCAAUCCUCAGCUUCCGCAACAAGUCGGGAGUCGAGCCAUUCUCCGUUACAUACGAGUCUGGUAUCGACGCUGUGCCCGAUUUCGACGCACACUUGGCCGUGUAUGCCGAGAGGAAGCGGGUGAUGAUCAAGUAUGACUCGCCGUACGUCAAAGGCUUGCCCACCAAGGUCUUGGUGUCGGAAUUGAACGAGGCGGGCGAGCUGCAGACGCGGGAGAUACUGAGCUCGUACGAGGAUUCCUAUACCGCUGAGCUGCAGGAGAUGUACGCGUGCAUAGUGAACGGGCAGGAGAUUAAGACGACCGUCACUUCGCUAAGCGCUAUGUAUCUUGGUAGUGAAAAGGAAAGCUUUAAAGUCGGCAAAGUUAAACAGCCCAUCGUAGACGAGCCAAAAGCACCCGCGCCUAACCCUAACAAGCCGGAUGGUAGUAAUAGAACUAAAGGCGGAGGUACGGAUGAAGGCGACACCGAUUCUUCUGCUUCGUCAUUAGGGGCCCCGGCAUUAUGUAUAUUGGUUGUCACGUUGGCAUCUGCUUGGGGUUUUAUAUAG